UGCCACUCCUGGCCGAAGAGGAGGCGAGUGAUGUCCUUGGGGUGCUUUUGCGUGCGCUUCUCCUAAGGCGUCCCGACCAAAGGUGCCUGGCGGGCGCAGCACUGGCUCUCCCGGACAGGGCGCCCUCUCCCGGGUCUAGGGCUCCGCCCCUGCGCGCCCUACAGCGCCCCCCACCCCACCCCACUGGCGGCCUAGCGGGCCCCGCUUCUGGCUAGCCCCUCACUCGCGCCAACCCUUCCGGCCCUUCCUCUCUCCCUGUAUUUGACCCCCUGACGGUUGGCACUGCUGGGUGUUUUGUCAACUCCAGUUUGGUCAGCCUUGCGUCUCGCCUGCGCAACCCCUCCUUCCUCCUUCCCUCCUCUCCAGCUUUCCCAGGCGCACUCGCACCGCAGCCAGGAGGUUGCACGCUCAGCUGUCCAAGUGGAAGCAGCUCUGGCUAAGAGGGCUGAAGCCCAGCCGAGAGCUUAACGGCCGCAGGUGGUCGAGGUGCGGCGGAAGGAGUGGCACCAGCAGCGAGGAGGUCGCCAGCAGCAUGGCCAAGAGAAGCUCCUUCCCGUCCGCCGCGCUGCGGCUCCUCAGCAUCCUCCCCUGCCUGCUCGCGCUGCGGGCGGAGGCCGGGCAGCCGCCAGAGGAAAGCCUGUACUUGUGGAUCGAUGCUCACCAGGCGAGAGUGCUCAUAGGAUUUGAAGAAGAUAUCCUAAUUGUUUCUGAGGGGAAAAUGGCCCCUUUCACACAUGAUUUCAGAAAAGCACAGCAGAGAAUGCCAGCUAUUCCUGUCAACAUCCAUUCCAUGAAUUUUACCUGGCAAGCUGCAGGGCAGGCAGAAUACUUCUAUGAAUUCCUGACCUUGCGCUCCUUGGAUAAAGGCAUUAUGGCAGAUCCAACAGUCAAUGUCCCUCUGCUGGGAACAGUUCCUCACAAGGCGUCAGUCGUUCAAGUUGGUUUCCCGUGUCUUGGAAAACAAGAUGGGGUGGCAGCAUUUGAAGUGAAUGUGAUUGUGAUGAAUUCUGAAGGAAACACCAUCCUCCAGACACCUCAAAAUGCUAUCUUCUUCAAAACAUGUCAACAAGCUGAGUGCCCAGGAGGCUGCCGAAACGGAGGUUUCUGUAAUGAAAGAAGAGUCUGCGAGUGUCCUGAUGGAUUCUAUGGACCUCACUGUGAGAAAGCCCUUUGCGCACCACGGUGUAUGAAUGGCGGGCUUUGUGUUACUCCUGGUUUCUGCAUUUGCCCACCUGGAUUCUUUGGAGUCAAUUGUGAUAAAGCAAACUGCUCUACCACCUGCUUUAAUGGUGGGACCUGUUUCUACCCUGGAAAAUGCAUCUGCCCUCCAGGGUUAGAAGGAGAACAGUGUGAAAUAAGCAAAUGCCCACAACCCUGUCGAAAUGGAGGUAAAUGCAUUAGUAAAAGCAAAUGUAAGUGCUCCAAAGGUUACCAAGGAGACCUGUGUUCUAAGCCUGUCUGUGAGCCGGGCUGUGGUGCACACGGAACCUGCCAGGAACCCAACAAAUGCCAGUGUCAAGAAGGUUGGAAUGGAAGGCACUGCAAUAAAAGGUACGGAGCCAGCCUCCUGCAUGCCCUGAGGCCAGCAGGCGCCCGGCUCCGGCUGCAGCACACGCCUUCACUUAAAAAGGCUGAGGAGCCGCAGGAUCCACCUGAAUCCAAUUACAUCUGGUGAACUAAGACAUCUGAAACGUUUUAAGUUACACCAAGUUCAUAGCCUUUGUUAACCUUUCAUGUGUUCAAUGUUCAAAUAAUGCUCAUUACACUUAAGAAUACUGGCCUGAAUUUUAUUAGCUUCAUUAUAAAUCACUGAGCUGAUAUUUACUCUUCCUUUUAAGUUUCCUAAGUAUGUCUGUAGCAUGAUGGUAUAGAUUUUGUUCUUUCAGUCCUUUGAGACAGAUUUUAUAUUAUGUCAGUUGAUCAGGUUAAAAUUUUGUCUUUUCAGUGUAUAGGUGGCAGAUAUUUGCAAAAUUACAAUACAUUCAUGGUGUUGAGGGGCUGGGGAACAUUAGAGAGGUUAAAUUGGGCAAAAAUGCAUAAAUCACAAGGGUUUGGAUGAAGCAGUUAGUAGGGUUGAGGUUACAACAUUUCAAAUUUUAUUGUCAUUUAUUUAGAUGUUUGUCACAUUUUUAUUGACUGUAUUUUUAAGCUCUCAUACAAUGUAUUUGACCUUACUAUUAUUCCAUUAACUUCAGUAUUGAAAACAAAAAACUUCCCCCCAAAUUACACUAUGGUAGUAGCAUUUAAACAAUAUAAUAUAUUGUAAACAUGAUGAAAUAGGGAAUAUAAUGUAUGAAGAUUUUGCAUUGGCUUGAAGCAAUAUAAUAUAUUGUAAACAAAACACAGCUCUUACGUAAUAAACAUUUUAUACUGUUUGUAUGUAUAAAUAAAGGUGCUGCUUUAGUUUUCUGAGUCA